UUUCUAUAGCAGCGAUGGGAGGACUUUGGCCCCGCAGGACGCUCCUCCCUCCUUGUUUCGACAGCCCAGUGAGUUCUUUGUGUCAGAGCGUGACUGGCAGCCUGCUACAUACAAGCUUUCUGAUAUACAACCAGGCAGGAGAUAAAACCGCUGUUGCAUAUGAAUAACAAUCACCACGCCCCCCCAGGGCUGCUGCAGGAACAGACAGGAAACGAGAAGGGAAGAGCCACUCGACUGCUCACGGAGUUGAGAAGAAGCACAUGACUCUUCUCUCAAAAGGAUAAACAUUUCAACUUUGAGAGACAACUGCAAGAGACUGAAAACUUCACUUAAACGAGGAUUGUUGGAUACGCAGGACAACUUUCACGUACAGAAAAAAGGACUUUGGAUGCUAACACAGGUAUUUUGUGGAGUUGCUGUGCAGUUUUUCAUAACAAAACCACACAAACUGAGAGGACUUUAGUAUUUCACGACUGUUUUUCCUUCCUAAAUGAAAGAGAAACUGGCCGUGUGUGCUGCACAUGGUUAUAUUAACAAGCUGGAUUUGGAUUUUCAUGACCGACUGUGAGGAGACUCUUUUUAUCUGGUUUAAAAAUGUACAACAGCACAGCACAAACUCUGAGCUUCACUCAAAGUAACAUGAGUUGCAACAAGAGUGAUGACUUCAAGUAUCCUAUGUAUAGCGCAGUUUUCAGCCUGGUGUUUGUCGUUGGACUGAUAUUCAACUCGGUGGCUGUGUACAUUUUUGCCUGUACGCUGAAGCUGCGGAACGAGACCACGACGUACAUGAUAAACCUUGUCGUUUCAGACUCUCUCUUUGUCCUCAGCCUGCCUUUUCGGAUUGUUUACUUCAUAAAACGUCACUGGAUGUUUGGUGAUGUCCUCUGCAAGAUCUCCGUGGCCCUGUUCUACACCAACAUGUACGGCAGCAUCCUCUUCCUCACCUGCAUCAGUGUGGACCGCUUUCUGGCCAUUGUGCACCCGUUACGGUCACAGACAAUUCGUACUAAAAGGAAUGCCAAACUGGCCUGCUGCAUGGUGUGGGUGAUGGUUCUCUCCGGAAGUAUACCCACUGGGAUUUUUUUGGAAACCUCUUCGGAAAGAAAUGCAGAGAAACAUUUCUGCUUUGAAAACUACUCCAAAAAACAGUGGAAGGCUGAGCUGUCCAAGGUGGUGGUGUUCAUUGAGACGGUGGGCUUCAUCAUCCCACUGUUGGUCAACGUCUUCUGCUCCAUCAAGGUGCUACAGACGCUGAGGAAUCCCCAAACCAUCAGCCGCGGAGGGAACCUCAACAAGGCAAAAAUCUUGAGGAUGAUCAUUGUGCAUCUGCUCAUCUUUUGCUUCUGUUUUAUCCCCUACAAUGUUAAUCUCAUCUUCUACGCGCUGGUCCGAACCAAAGCCCUAAAGGGAUGUUACACAGAGCAUGUGGUCAGAACCAUCUACCCCAUUGCUCUGUGCAUAGCGGUGACCAACUGCUGCUUUGAUCCAGUCAUUUACUACUUUACUUCAGAAACCAUUCAGAGCUCCAUCAAACGCAAAUCUGCGCGAUGGCAAAACGGCACCAAGCUAUUCGACAGACUGCAGAUGGACAGCACACACAGCAGUCCAGUGACAACACCCAAAAGCCUGACACUGCGGGCUCUGAGAUCUAAAAUAUUUGACGACGAGUCUACAGUCUAAUGACAACUCUUUCAUGGGACAUGAUUAUUGAUUCAGUAAUUGCUGGUGAAAUCUGAUUCGAAUCAGAGGAUUUAGGUGGAACCAGAGUGACCUUAAAGACCAUAACAUCGUAAACACAACAGUCACUAAUGAGUUACUCUCUCACCUACUGGACUCCACACAGACUUUAGACUGGGAGUGGAACAAAUCGAGGAGGAAACAUUUGAAGUGUGUUGCAGCAUAAAGACGCUUUAUCAGACUGCUGAUUCAAAACACACAAGUUAAAGCUCUUCAUUCUUAUGAGUUUGUAAUGUGUAUUAGUGGCAAUGACAGAUGUACAAGCCAUGCUCAUGUGCACAGUGCAGCUUUUUGCACACAAGACUUUGUAAUUGUAGUCUAAUUCCUCAGAGCAGCUUCUCCUUUGGGAAAAUUCUGCUUUGGCAAUGCUGAACCAGUAUUACAACUCUUUUUUAAUGUGCUGUACUGUGCAAUUUUCAAGUAAUUGUGGCCUCACUCCACCUUUUAAGCACUUUGUAGAGCAAAACGUUCUAUAACAGCUUUGAACCCCUUACACGAAAAUAAAAGAGUUGUGAGUUAAAA